AUGCAUGGAUUGGUCGAGCAAUUCUUGAAGCUGCGACCCCCGAAAUUUGUUGGAACCGGAGAUCCUGAAGAGGCAGAAUCCUGGAUCGAUGAGUUACAGAAAGCAUUUGAACUUCUGAGAUGUUUCGAGGAAGAGAAAGUGACCUUGGCGACAUACCAAUUGCAGGGAAACGCCAAUCACUGGUGGAAGGCGACGAAAGAAAUCGUGUUCCCAGGAAAUAUGGCUAUCAACUGGAAUGCCUUCGUUGAAGCGUUCAACAGAAAGUAUUUUUCCGAGUGUGCUCGUGAUCGAAAGGUGAAGGAAUUCUUGCAACUCCAACAGAACAACUUGACGGAGGACCAGUAUGAGGCAAAGUUCGCCCAAUUGUCAAGGUACGCCCCUAGACUUAUUGAAAAUCCAGUCGACAGGGCAAAGCGAUUCUGUGAUGGUCUCAAGCCUGACAUUCAGAGUCAGCUGGUACCUUUGAACCCGAAAGAUUAUAAUGAGUUAUAUAAACGAGCUCAACUGAUCGAGAAGGAUUUGCUGGAGAGAGCAACUCUGGCAAAGCCCCCUGAUUUUGCUCCUCAGGCAAAUCAACGCUCGGGCAAAAGAUCUUUCGUGAAAGGAAAGCGUCCCUUCGUCCCCAACAAAAAGCCAAGUUUCCCGACGGCAACUACUGUUUCUGGUGACAUCUAUUCUAUUUGCGGAAGACAACAUGGAGAUACUUCGUGCCUAAUGCGCAAGGGAGCAUGCUUCGUGUGUGGCCAACAAGGUCACAUGGUCAGGGACUGUCCGCAACGGUAA